AUGAUAUGGAACUUGCAGAUCCACGAUGUCGUCAUUCAUCAAUUGCUCUUCAUGGACUCGUUCCGCUUCUUGGCGCGGCGACCUUCGCGGUCCGAAGACAGCAGCACGCAUAUGCCCAGUCCCAUGAUGAACCAUCCAGCAUUUGAACGGCCAACCGUGGACGCUUCACCUUCAGGAGCGCCACCCAUUCCAUUCGGGCACAGUGCACGGACCCCAGUUGGUCCAGCCAUCGUUCCCGUGGACACAGACAUCUCGGAGAGCGGCGACGAGCUGCGGCGCGUCCGCCGCACACGAAGCAAGUCCGAGUGCCUCUUUCUAGCCAAGAACCACUCGAAGAACGAACUUCCAGGUCCUUGCCAGGACUACAUUACCCAAAUCCAGACCAUCAUGGCCAAAAACGACAGCGCCCGCAGCGGGUCGUUGUCCACUGGGCCGAGUCCAUCGACGUCCCGCGGCACAACGCCGACAUCAUCCAGUGCUCCAGCCCGACGAAACAGUGUCUCUGGCGUGCCCCCUCCUCCCCCUGACCUCCAGAUUUAGUUGUUUCUCACAAUAACAUCUGAAAUAAAUUAUUCGUGUUCGUGAGUUAGCUGAAAAACAA